AUGGGAAAGUUGACAUAUUUCAUUCAUUCUAUUGCCUUAUUACUUUGUUUAGCUAUCCAAAUUGAUGCAACCAAUUUCGGCAUAUUCUAUAAUACGAGUGGCAUCUUCAAUGACAUAGUAGAAUUUACUUGUUUCUUUGAGGGUCCAGAAAAAGUCUCGCUAGAAUGGCGAUGGGAUGCUGAUUAUGCUGGCAUCAGCUUGUAUAGUGUGCAGCCACAAAUACAAGAAAAUGGUAUUGUUAAAAGAGUGAUUAGGUUGAAAUCUGAUAGUGCUAAAGCUGGGCCAUAUCGAUGCACUGCUUCAACUAAUGCUACUACCUCAUAUGCUAACGCAAUCUAUAAUAAGGAUCGAGAUAUUCAACCUGUCCGGCCGUAUGUUGCUAGAGCAGUUCAGGAAAGAACGACACUAAAAAUCGUUACUGCCUUAAGUGGGUCAUUUAAGUGGUUUCGACGUGGUAAAGAAGUUCAGACUUCCAGUUCUAUUAAUAUUCAAAAUAACGGGAAAGAUAUAGUCUUCAGUUCAGCCGAUGCCUUUAACAGUGGAAUGUAUAAAUGUGAAUCAAGCAAUGCCGAGCGAAAUGCCUGGGUAAAUUUGGUAAUUCAACCUUGUUCAGCAGGGACGUAUUCAACUAGUCGUGGUCGUUGUAAUGGCACAUGCACGUGUUUUAAUGGUGGCAUUUGUGAUGCAGCUAAUGGUAAAUGUAUUUGCAGUCCUGGCUUUGCUGGAGAUAAUUGCGAAAUAACUUGCUCUGCAGGUUAUUUUGGACAUAAUUGUGAUCAAAGAUGUCCAAAGGGAUCAUGUACCAGUCAAGUAGUGUGCACAAGAAGCCCUGGUGGUUGUACUUGUGUAACUGGCUGGAAGGGAAAUGACUGUACUGAUCCAUGCACAGCAGGUACCUAUGGAGAUCACUGUAAAUUAACUUGCGAUUGUCCAAACGGUGCUACGUGUGACAUUGUUAAUGGAGCUUGUCCAAAAGUGCCGCCAAAGAUCCUAGUUAGUGAAAGCACGAGCAAAUUAAAUAUCAAAGAAGGUGAAGCCGCCCUUCUUCGGUGUUUCGCCUCAGGUUCACCAAUACCUAAUAUUACCUGGAGCAAGCAAAACCGAGAUAUUACAAAUUCAUCAUCAAUUUAUUCCUGGCAAACUUAUCAUAAACUUUAUGUUCGAGUUUCGUAUCUUUAUAUUCCUAAAACAUCCUUAAUUGAUAGCUCGACGUAUACAUGUACUGCAAGUAAUAACAUAUCGAAUGCUCAACGCUAUCACAUGACCCUUAAUGUAUCGAGUAUUACAGUGAGACCUGUUACAACAGCAACCACUAUUACUACUGCUAGCACUAACGCUAUAACGACCCAAGUAACUACUAAAAGUUCCGCGCCAACCGAAGGUACGAUAUCGUCUCAGUGGUGCCCUUCUACAUUAGUAUUAGGCAUCCGUUGGGAUAGAACAUUGAUUGGAAAGAUCAAUUCUAAGCCCUGCCCUGCAGGUAGUACAGGUACGGCUACCUGGUAUUGCCUAUCAGCUGAUUAUUGGUCAAAAAGCUGGCCUGAUCUUAGCCAAUGCAAAUCUGCACGAUUCACUAGCCUUAAAAAUCAAGCUAAUAGGCCAGAUUCCAAUAGCACACUUUUAGCGGCUUCACUUAGACUCAGUACAGGUUUUAAUCAACCCGUCUAUGGAGGGGAUAUCGUCACAGCUAUUGAAAUAUAUAAUCGAUUAUUAGCGAAAAAAAGGGACGAAAUCAGGAAAACUGAAAAGUCUAGUAUUAACAAUUUUUUGAAGGACCUAAUUGAAAGCUCUAGUAGCCUUAUCGAUCCUCUACACUAUAACGGAUGGGUGGGACUUAAAAAGGCACAAAGAAUGGCUCUGGCCACAAAUUUAAUGCGUGUAAUUGAUAACAUUGCAUUUCUCUGGACUAACAAUACGCGUAAUGUUGCUGAAGCCAAUAUUACCAUAAUUACUAAGAACAUUGUUGUUGUAAGUUCAAAGUUGAGAGUGAAUCUUCCAAUGUCUGUAACAUUUCCAGUUACUACUAAUCCUGCUAGCUUUGCUAGCACAUUAAAGGUUAAUCUUCCUUUAGCGUUGGCAACUUCAGGAGAAUCACAACUUGCAUACGCAGCCUACAAACAGAUAUCUAAUUUAUUGUCAGAAUAUAUACCUGGAAUGCAAGCUCAAGGAUUAUGGAAUAAUCGGGGUUGUUCAGUGAUUCCUCAAAAUCUUAAGGAAAUAACUAUUAUCGGUUGCAGUAUAGCCACUGGUGCGAUUGUAACGGCAUUGUUAAUUCUAUUUUCGUUUCGAUCGCAAAAUACGUUCAUGAACCAUAUUCGUUUAAACAUCCUGUUUACCUUGUUUGUGUUUGAGUUACUUUGUCUAUUUUCAAUAUAUCAAACCAAAAAUAAGGACGUUUGUCUGGCAAUGGCAGUUUCUAUAAAUUACUUUUCUUUGUGCACGUUUUUCUGGAUCUUUAUCAGCAGCUUCGAAAUUUAUCGUCGAACUUUUCAUAUAAUGGAAAAAUUAAAGAAAAGAUUUUGCUACAUAUUCGCCUACGCUAUUCCGGCAAUUACCGUUGUCAUCGCUGGAUUUGCCGCUUCAGACAAUUUUGGCACGGAUAAGUUUUGUUGGCUGAGGAUUGGUAGCGGAGCAUUUUGGUUGUUUGUUGGGGAAGUUUUAUUGCUUGUUGUAGGAAUCUUUUUAUUUGUCUUUUAUACUGUGGUUACUGGACCGAUGCACAAUAUCUGCUCUCAGUUUUGGCAAUCACAAAUCUUGGGAACGAGUGGUACUGUUAAGUUUGCCAGUACUAAACGUAUGACAUCACCUAAUGAUACUGCGAGAACGGAUGAUAAAGCAACUUACGUAACUAGAAAUACAACAGAAAAUUUUCAUGAAUCUAAGGGACCUUAUGCGGUGAGCAGUUAG